AUGCCUCAAGAGGUCGCCGAUAUCAAGAAGUUCAUCGAGAUCUGCCGUCGGAAGGACGCCUCCUCCGCGCGGAUCAAGAAGAGUCAGAAGACCAACAACAUCAAGUUCAAGGUCCGCUGCCAGAAGCACCUCUACACCUUGGUUCUCAAGGACACCGACAAGGCCGAGAAGCUCAAGCAGAGCCUUCCCCCCAACCUGCAACUCACCGAUGUCUCCAAGAAGGCCAAGAAGUCUAACUAA